AUGUCUUCGAUCGACCUGAAUGGUAUUGAGCCGUUCAACGCACAUGGUGACCCAGGUCAUUUACAGCAGGAAUGGAAGCGAUGGCUUCGUAGUUUCGAUUUAUUUGCCACUGGCAAGGGUGUAACAGACAAGAAACAGUUGAAAGCGUUAUUACUACACUGUGCAGGUGUACCAGUUCAAGACAUCUAUUUCACGCUAACAGAGGCGGAGGGAGGUGAUGAGUAUGCUGUAGCGGUAGCCACACUGAGUAAACAUUUUGAAACAAAAAUAAACGUGCCAUACGAACGGUAUGUAUUUCGGUCAAUGUGUCAGGAAGACGAGUCUAUCGAACAAUUCAUCACCAGACUCAGAAGACAAGCAGUUCUUUGUGAAUUUGGGAACAUUGAGGAACAAAUAAGGGAUCAAAUAAUAGAAAAAUGUAAAUCUCAUAAACUUAGAACCAAAUGUCUGGAAAAGGGGAAGGAAUUGACACUUGAUCAAUUACGCACAAUCGCGGCUACAAUGGAAAUGGCAGAUGUCCAGGCUAAGAAAAUGGAGUCUCCUCUAAGCUCAGUCAAUCAGAUAAACUUUGUGAAACAAAAGGACACAAAACGGUCAACAAGUAGUAGCACAAAGGCUUUAUGUUUUCGAUGUGGACGUGAAGGUCAUUUCGCGAAAGAUUCAGGCUGUCCAGCGAAAAACAAAAAGUGCAAUAAGUGUGGUAAGAUGGGGCAUUUUCGUGCAUGCUGUAAAACAAAGGAACCACGUUGCCUAAAGGCAGAGAGGUCAACAUUGUCAAAGGUCAAAGGUAAAGUGAACUGUGUAGAGUCAGAGGCAGAGUAUGCAUUUAGUGUACAACACACAGAUGCAGACAGACUUUCGUUCAUGGUUGGUGGUCACAAAGUUGAUAUGGUUGUGGAUAGUGGAGCGACAGUCAAUAUCAUUGACAAGCCUACAUGGGAGGACUUAAAGAAAAGAAAGAUUGUGUGUCGUUCAGAGAAAACUGACAAACGGCUGUAUUCAUAUGGAGCAGAUAAACCUUUAUCGUUACUUGGCAAAUUUAUUACUACGGUGUCUGUUGACGGAAGUGAUGAUGAAAUUGAGGCUGCCUUUUAUGUACUUGAUGGCACAGGUUCGGCUUUAUUAGGGAGGGCUACGGCAGUAGAUCUCGGAGUGCUGAAAAUUGGAGUCUACUCAGUCCAUGAUGAUAUAUUGGAUAAGUACAAGUCAUGUUUUGGAGGAAUUGGGAAGCUGAAUGACUUCAAAUUGAAGCUUCAUAUUGAUCCAUCUGUAAAACCGGUGGCACAACCUAUGUAUAGGAUUCCUUACAGUCUACGAGAGAAAGUCGGUGCUAAACUUGAUGAACUUGAGGAUCAGGACAUUAUCGAGAAGGUGAAUGACCCAACCCCGUGGGUUAGCCCGGUAAUAGUUGUCCCAAAACCUAAUGGCGAUAUCAGGAUAUGUGUGGAUAUGAGACAGGCUAAUCAAGCUAUAGUCCGUGAGAGACACCCAAUACCCACUGUGGACGAGAUACUGUACAAUAUGAAUGGGAGUACAGUGUUCAGCAAAUUAGAUAUGAAGUAUGGAUAUCACCAGAUAGAAUUAGAAGAUUCAUCAAGGGAGAUAACUACAUUUGUGACGCAUCAAGGAUUAUACAGGUAUAAGCGGCUGAUGUUUGGUAUCAGUUCAGCACCAGAGAAGUAUCAACAAAUCAUAUCACAGACAUUUCAUGAUUGUGAAGGGGUUCAGAAUAUAUCCGAUGAUAUUGUGGUUCAUGGCAGGGAUAAACAUGAACAUGAUCAAAGGCUAGAGAAAGCAUUGUGUAGACUGCAGGAAAAGAACUUAACUCUGAACAAGGAGAAAUGCGAGUGGGGAAUGGACAAGAUCACAUUUAUGGGUCAUGUAUUGUCAAAAAAUGGAAUCGCGCCGACAUCCGAUCGUUCAAAGGCCAUUAUUGAGGCUCAGAGGCCACAAAGUGCAUCUGAGGAACAGGAGGAUUGUUUUCGAGCAUUAAAGGAAAGCCUUGUGAACGCAGAUACAUUGGGACAUUUCCGAUUAGACGCAACAAAAACACAACUUGUGACUGACGCGAGUGAUGUAGGUUUAGGGGCUGUACUCGUUCAGGAAUCUGAAGGCGAGACCAAAGUUAUCAGCUAUGCUAGUCGUACACUGACUGAUGUUGAAAGAAGGUACUCAACCACAGAAAAGGAGGCCUUAGCAGUGGUUUGGGCAUGUGGAAAGUUCCACAUAUACCUGUAUGGCAUUGAUUUUGAGCUGGUGACAGACCACAAACCAUUGGAAAUACUGUAUGGUCCAAAAUCCAAACCUAACGCGCGUAUUGAACGGUGGGUUAUGAGACUGAUGCCCUACAAUUUUCGUAUUAGGUAUCAACCUGGUAAACAGAACAUUGCUGACGCAUUGUCGCGACUUGUGAAAAGGAAACACAGUGGUGUAACAGAUCUACAAACAGAAACAGAGCAUUAUGUCAGAGCUGUGGCAGAGAGAAGCACCCCAAAAGCAAUGACAACUCGUGAGGUGGAGGAAAAAUCCAAGUCUGAUCCCGAGCUAACACUGGUGAGAAAGGCUUUAUCUGCAGACCAGUGGGAAAAGGAAUGUGUAAAGUAUUAUGCGGUAAAAGAUGAACUGUCCCAGAUAGGGUACCUGCUGUUACGUGGAACACGAUUGGUUAUUCCAGCAGUGUUACGAACAGAAUGUAUUAAAUUAGCUCACCAGGGACACCUUGGUAUUGUCGCUACAAAGCAACAGCUACGAACUAAAGUGUGGUGGCCAACUUUAGAUAAGGACGUAGAGGCUUAUGUCAAGUCAUGUCAUGGCUGUCAAGUGGUAAGUUCAUUGCCACGGCCCGAGCCCAUAUCGCCGACCCCUAUGCCAUCAGGACCAUGGCAGGAUCUCUCGAUAGACCUGCUAGGACCUUUACCGUCAGGACACUACGUGUUUGUUGUAAUAGACUAUUACAGCAGAUAUUAUGAAGUGGACAUUACAAAGGAUAUAUCUAGUGAAAGGAUGAUUGAUGCACUUGAGAACAUGUUUGCACGUUAUGGACUUCCGGUAUCGAUUACAUCAGAUAACGGUCCUCAGUUUGUGUCGGCCUUGUUCGAGGAAUUUCUAUGUGAUAAUGGAAUUCAUCACAGACGUGUUACUCCGCUCCACCCAGCAGCAAAUGGAGAGGUGGAACGACAGAACAGAUCUAUCAUGAAACGAAUACGUAUUGCUCAUGCUGAAUCACGUGACUGGAAGAAAGAUUUGAGAACUUAUCUUUUGGCAUACAGGGGCACGCCCCAUGCUGUAACAGGUGUUUCUCCAGCAGAGUUAAUGUUUGGGCGUAAAUUGAGGAAUAAAGUACCUCAACUUGAUGUUCAUCGGAAUGAAACCAUCGAAGAAGGAGUUCGUGAUAGAGACUGGUUUGCAAAAGUCAAAAACAAACUUUACAUUGAUGAAAAACGUGGUGCAAAAGAAUCAGAUCUAGUUGAAGGAGAUCAGGUGUUAGUUAAACAGUCGAGGAACAAUAAGCUAAGUUCUCCAUUCAACCCAACUCCGUUUAAACUCCAAAGGAAAGUUGGAAAUCAGUGUACUCUUGUUUCUCCUGAGGGAGUUGAGUAUAAGCGUAACAGUACACAUGUAAAAAAGUACGUUCAGAGUCCAGAGUCUCUGGUAGAGAGCAAAUCUACAACUGCUACUUCUGAAAGUGAAAGUUUGACCAUGUCUGACAACAAUGUAUCGAAGCAGGACAAAGCCGAUGACGAUGUCAUGCAUAGGUCUACUAAUGAUGGAAUGGAAUCAAACUUGUCACAUCAGGUGGAGAUCCCGCGAUCAAGACCAGUGCGCGAGAAAACUAAGCCUAAGCGGUUUGAUGAUUUUGAAAUGACAUAA